GCAUUUCCACGAAUAGGUUUCAGACAAGUCCAUUUUGAUCAUUGACAAAGCGUCAAACAGUUGACCUGUACCGUGCGAACGGAAGGCGCAGUUGACACGAGAAACAGAGGACGAUCACAUCAAGUAGCUCGAAGGUCUCCCUGCAAAUGGCCUCCAUACCCACGUAUCAUCCCGCCGCUCAACCCCACCUUAAACCCUCGUCCUCCUUAGUUUCUCCGAGACCACCUCCAUGCACUCUGGCUCUGCGCUCGAGCCUCUUCGGAUCCAGGAUCCCCGUCAAUCUAUGCACUACCCGGACUCCCUUGAAUGGACCAACCGGCGAACGGCUCGGGCGUGUUCGUGUCGGCUCGAAGCCGGUAGUCGCAUCCCAACAUUCUUUCGAUGUCGUGAUUGUCGGGGCCGGCAUCAUCGGGUUGACCGUUGCCCGGCAGUUGCUGCUCGAGUCGGACCUGUCCGUCGCCGUCGUCGACAAAGCCGUCCCUUGUUCCGGUGCCACCGGGGCAGGGCAGGGCUAUAUUUGGAUGGCUCCCAAAACCCCAGGAUCGGACAUCUGGGAGCUGGCGCUGAGAAGUCAUCAACUGUGGGAAAGUUUGGCAGAGAACAUACAUGAUCAAGGCUUGAACCCUCAAGAAGUGUUGGGAUGGAAAAAGACCGGAAGCUUGCUAGUUGGUAAAACUGUUGAAGAGUCAGCCCUAUUAGAGAGGAGAGUGAAGCAACUUUCCGAAGCGGGAGUGGAAGCAGAAUUUUUGUCUAGCCAUGAGUUACUCUUGGAGGAACCAGCCCUUUCUGUUGACAAAGAAAGUGGGGCUGCUUUGCUGCCCAAUGAUUGCCAAUUGGAUGCUCAUCGAACAGUAGCAUUUGUUGAAGAGGGCAACAGACAAUUUGCGUCUAGAGGCAGGUAUGCGGAGUUUUAUCAUGAUCCGGUAAUAUCUUUGUUAAGAUCUGGCAAAAAUGGUGAAGUAGAAGCUGUUUUAACUUCCAAAAGCACCUUCCACUGUAAGAAGGCUGUUGUUGCAGCUGGUUCCUGGACUGGAUCUUUGAUGAGAGAAUUGGAUAUCAGGGUGGAUGUUCCUGUAAAACCCCGAAAGGGUCAUCUGCUUGUGCUGGAGGACUUCGAUCCGAUUCGACUGAAUCAUGGCCUUAUGGAAGUUGGUUAUAUUAGUCAUCAACAGAUGAUGCAGCAUUCCAGUGUUUCAGCUGCAGGGCUCAGUAAUGAUGAGGAGAUGUUGUCCAUCUCAAUGACAGCUACAACAGACGCUAUGGGAAACUUAAUUCUUGGGAGUAGCCGUCAGUUUGUUGGAUUCAGCACCAAAGCAGAUGCUUCGAUCAUUGACAGCAUCUGGAAGAGGGCACAAGAAUUCUUCCCAAAACUGAGAGAAAUGAAUUUAGCUGAAAUCGGCGAGAACAGAAAAGUGAGGAUCGGGUUACGCCCAUAUAUGCCCGAUGGGAAGCCAGUAAUUGGAUCUGUGCCUAGUCUGUCGAAUGUCUUCCUUGCUUCAGGGCAUGAAGGAAGUGGACUUUCUUUGGCUCUGGGGACCGCUGAAAUGGUUGCUGAUAUGGUUUUGGGAAACCAGGGAAAAGUUGAUUUUGCACCUUUUGCAGUUGAAGGUCGAUGUUGCCGAUAGAUGACAGAAAUGGGGAGAACGGAAGGACAUUUCAGCUCCUAGUUUGUCGUCAUUAGUCUGCUGGUGUUUCAAUGUCAUGUCUCGAUAUCUAGGAAACAUAGCAGACCCUUAAAAAAUCAGGCUGGAGGUUGUAAUUGUAUUAAGGUGUUUGGAAAUUUUGCUUCAUUUGCAAAUCAUUCUCAAUGUUGGUUUCUUUCAGAUCAUCAAGGCGUACCCUCUUUUUGCUGCACUGACUCUGAAACAAAUUCCUGAACAUUUAUAAAUUUUAAUGGCAGCUAUAUGUUCUAUUGCGACGA